AUGGGUGCCAAAGGUCUUAUUGCUGUCGGUGCUCCCCACGAGCCUGCCUGGCUGCUGUAUGUCAAGGGCGCCAUCAUCCUGCUGUCCCUCAUCAUUCUGGCUCUGUCCGCCUACGCAUUGUCGCAAUUUGCCUAUGGCGGUGCGCCGGGCUUCACAAUCUUCCUGGCCAUCCUGUCAUGGAUUGUGUAUGGCCUUUCCAUCGGUCUCUCCCUCGCCGCCAACCACGUCUACUUCCGAAUUGGCUUCUUUGUCGCCCAGAUCCUGCUCAUCAUCUUCUGGCUCUCCGGCUGGGCCUGGGCAGCCUCUUGGGCCUCUGUCUACAGCGGCUACUAUUGGAACAGAACCAUCAGCGGCGUGAUGGGCGGCAUUGCCGGUCUCGGCGCGUUGACCUGGAUCCUCGUCAUUGUCGACUUUGUCUUCUUCACCCUCGGCUGCGUCCGUGACGACGGCUCGGCAGCCACCACGACGAGCAACGUGGAGCUUGGAAACAAGGAGGGUGCCGCAGGUCCUGCUCCAGUACAGGCUCAGCAGCCCUACAACGAUCACCCCCAGUAUGCGCAGCAACCUCAGUACGCCCAGCAGCCACAGUACGCCCCGCAGCCUGGCUACCAGCAGCAGCCCACCGCAUAA